UUUAGCCCUCAAGACAAUGCCCAGGUUUGUAUCACUGGAAAUGGCUUUUUUAAACUUUUUAAGUACAGUGAAGGAACUUUGAAGCAGAUGAAUUUACAGAAGGGAGAGCCAGAAAACUACUUGUGCCAUGCCUGGCUGUCCAAGGAGAAAGUUAUAUGUGGCACUGACAGAGGCAAACUUUGCUUGUUUCAAACUGGAGAGCUGCACUGGGAGACAAGUGUAGAGUACAGAAAACCACCCAGAAAACUAGAAGAAGAUAAAACAACAAAAGAAUAUGAGAGUUCUUCUGAUGUUACUUGUGGGAUGGACUCUGAAGAUAAUAGCUUACAACAGGAUUCUUUGCCUCAAAUAUCUGCAGUUGCAGCAUAUUCCAAAGGCUUUGCAUGCUCACCUAGCCCAGGAGUUGUUCUUCUGUUUGAGAAGACCAAGGAAAAGAAAGCCUACAAGGAGAGCAGAGAAAUCUGGCUUCCCCAGGACCUGUUCAGCAGUGAGCCAAAAACAUCAGGCAGACAGGACAUUACAUGUAUAUGCUUCAGCCCCUCUGAGGAAACAAUGGUCAUUAACACAAAUAAAAAUCAGCUCUACAUGUUUACUAUGGACUCCAUGGAACUUAUAAAGGAGAAGACAUCUUAUUUUGCAUAUCUGAAUUUCCCAUUGCAUUCUGAUUCAAUCACUGGUCUGGACAUCUGUGUUUGGAAACCCAUUCUUGCUACUUGUUCCCUGGAUAAAUCUGUGCGCAUCUGGAAUUACAAGAAAAACACUUUGGAGCUGUGUAAGGAAUACCAUGAGGAAGCAUACGCAGUGUCACUUCAUCCCACUGGCCUGUUCUGCUUGGUUGGGUUUUCUGACAAACUCCGAUUUAUAAGUCUGCUGUAUGAGGACUUGCAUGUUUGCAAGGAGUUUGCUGUGAGAAAGUGUGAAGAGUGCUCAUUCAGUAAUGGAGGCCAUCUUUUUGCUGCAGUUAAUGGAAAUGUGAUUCAAAUUUAUUCCAGCAUCACCUUUGAGAAUAUUAAUUAUCUGAAAGGACAUAGUGGGAAGAUACAUGCAGUUAAAUGGAAUGCAGAUGACACUAAGAUUGUCUCCUGUGACACACAUGGUUCUGUGUAUGAGUGGAACUUGUUGACAGGUAAAAGAGAGUCAGAGUGUGUACUCAAGUCCUGCAUCUACAGCAGUAUUGCCCUGUCUUCUGAUGCCAAAAUCAUCUUUGCUGUUGGAUCUGACCAAACUCUCAAAGAAAUUUCAGAGUCUUCGAUCCAGCAUGAAGUACCUGCUCAUGGUGUUGUUUAUACUGCUGUAGCUGUUUCUCAUUCUGGGUCCAUGGUAUUUGUUGGUACAUCUCUGGGGACAAUUCGAGCUAUGAAGUACCCAUUAACUCUGACGAUGGAUUUCAGCGAGUAUCAGGCCCAUGCAGGUGCUGUUACAAAGAUGUCAGUGACAAAUGAUGACGAAUUUCUACUGACUGUCUCAGAGGAUGGCUGUAUAUUUAUCUGGAAAAUGUAUCAUAAAGAAGGUGGGACACUGAAAUUGGAGAAGGAAGUGGAGUAUGCCGAGGAAGUGCUGAUCAUGAGAUCAGAUAUAGAACAGAAGACUCAGGCAAUGCUAGACCUGCAGAUGGAUGUGAAAGAUCUACAGACAGAAUAUGAUUAUGAGCUACAACUCAGGGACAUGUACUAUAAUGGAAAAAUAAAGGCAUUGGAAGAUACUUUCACUCAGGAAAUACACUCCCUUAAAACCAAACACGAGAUUUUACAGGCAGAGAAAGAAAAACAGGAGCUACAACACCAGUUGCAACUGUCUGAGCUGAUGAAUAAACAAGCCAGGGUGGUGCAACAGCUAGAGUCUGACAGUAAUCAGAAACUCUUAAUGGGUAAUGAGAAAUACCAGGAGCUGCAACUGAAAUCCCAGGAGAUGGAGGAGGAAUAUGAUAAACAAUUGCACAAUCUGAAGGAAAGCAAAAACAGGGCUGUGGAGGAACUAAGAGAAUAUUAUGAAGAACAACUUAAAGAGAAAUCUGUUCUGCUGAAACAGGCAGAGGAGAAUAUAAAGAAGCAGCUUCAAGCACAUGAAGAAACUGUGAAACAAAUCUAUGAAGAUGGAGACCAAGAAAUCUUGGAAAUCAAACUCAAGUAUGAGAAACAGCUCGCAGAAGGAAAAGAGUCCAGCCUGCAACUGAAAGGGGAAAUAGGAGUCACGAAUAAAAGGUUGAACAACCUACAGAAAGAGCUCAAGAAACGAAACAGGGAUACUGAGGAAAUGAGACUGGAACAACAGAAGCUGCAAGACACCAUUAAGUCACUGGAGAAGGACAUCUUGGCACUGAAGACAGAGCUUAAAGAGAGAAUUGACACUAUCCUAGACAAGGAAAAACAUAUCUCUGACCUAAAAAUGAAAAACCAGGAACUGCAAAAUUUCAAGUCUGUACUGAGUUGCAAAAUAGAGGAGCUUGAGAAGCAAAUGGAGUCACGUGAAAAUGAUGCUAAAACAAUGAAGAAACAGAUCCAUGAGAUGGAGGGGGAGCUGGAACGAUUCCACAAGGAGAGCACACAGUUGAAGCUGAACAUCACACAACUGCAAGAGAAACUAAAGGCAACCUAUGGUGAGAUCCACAGAGAGAGGCAGAAGAAGCAAAAUAUGGAAACUCUCAUAAAACGAUUUAAAGCAGAUCUUCAUAAUUGUGUGGGCUUCAUUCAAGAUUCCAGAAAAAUGAAAUAUUGUAUCUGUGAACUCUACACCAAGUAUGUGCAACAAUCAGACAUGGUGGGGACUGAAUCAGUAGACACAGAUUUGCAGCAGCAGUACAUGAAACAGCAAGAGUAUCAUGAGAGGGAUUUGGCAGCUUUAAAAAAAAAGGCAGUGAAGGAUCAGGAAAUGCACCAAGCUGCUUACAUGCGCAUCUUGCAGGAAAAUGUGAGUCUGAUUAAGGAAAUUAAUGACCUGCAGCAAGAACUGAAGGUGGCUCAUGCAACCAAGAAAAAAAAAGCAGUUCAAGACACAGCUCCCUCCAGUGAACGGCUGUCUAGCCCAGCUGUCUUGAGGUUGAAUGCAGAGGAGGAAAAUGAGAAAAUCAUAGAAAUGCAGCAGGUAGAAAUUAACUCUCUACGAGACCAAAUCCAGGAGAAGGAGCAAGUCACUGCAGUUCAGUCUCUCUUAGCUGGAAGUCUUCCUGAUUUGAAUCUGGAAAGAAACCACAAGACACAGCAACAGUGA